AUGAUAUUGUGAUUGCAUGUAUCAACCAGAGCAGCAUUUACUUUACAUCUUAGCCUAGUAACGUUAGUUAUUCAUAUUAUAAUAUGUAGUUUGGUGAUCUAUUAUUUUUUUAUUUGUUCUUCUCUUUCUCUGCAGGUUCCUUAAUCCCUCACCUUUAAAAAAAAAAAAAAAAAACAGCACCUCACUACAUUAAAAAGGCACUUUUAAGAGCCACAUUUGUCUUGUAUCUUGUUACUCUCUUUACUGUUGUAUUGUUUUCUAUCUCUUGCUGUCUUAAUGUCUCCCCCCCCCCCAUUCCUCUGAGUGUGGUUUUUGUUUGUUUGUUUUGUCUUUUUUUUUUGUCCGUGUGUUUAUAGUGUGUUUAUCUUUUGUGCCAUGUCUGAUCCUGAGAUGGACUGUCUCCUAAAUGAGAUGAGUGACCUUGUCGAUCAGGCUGAACAUCAAGCUCACCUCCGACAGCUCAUUAGCAUGCACCAGGAAGCAGAGCCAUCCACCAGUCAGCCUUCCACCUGUAAUCCAUCCACCAGCCAGCCAUCAAACAGCAAGCAAGAUGUUAGGUGGAUUAAGAGGGACAGUGAUGGAAACAUUAUUUACAGCAGGCCCAGAUCAUCCCGGAAACAAGCAGCAGGUCACAGCCAGAGUCGAAAGACUGGUGUCUCUCAUAUCAGGGCUCCGGAAACCAGUGCGGAAAUGACCAGUGACUUUCUUUCCAUUACUGCAGAGUCCUUCCUUCAAGAGCUUAAAAGCUCACUGUUUGAGGACAUACAUGAGGAUGAAACGGCACUUCAAGCCUCAACAGACUGGUUGACCCGAAAGAACCUCAUAUCAGGGUGGUGGGAGAAAGAGAGACCCCGACUGGUCAACACCAUGGUGGCUCGACAACAUGUGGCAACCCGGAUCUGCCAACAUUGUGGAAAUGGUCCAGCCGUUAUCCGUUGUUGUGACUGCCGACCACACCCAUUCCUCUGUGGCCAGUGUGAUGUCAGGGUCCACCGAGGUCACGUGUUCCACAACAGGGAUUCGAUGACCCAUGCAUUCUUUAAUCCAUUGCCUCCCACAACUUGUGUUGUGGAGAGGGUUCUAACCCAGUGUGAGCGUCUUGUACCUUUUGGAGAUGCCAGAGACAAUAUGCGGUUGUCUACGAGUAUCGUCCAGUGUCAUCGCAGGACAGUCCAUAGUUGUGGUUACAAUGAAUGGGCGAUAUGAUCUCCGAUUAGAUGCAAAGCAUGUGAAGCCACUUGGAGUCCUGGAGUGGAUGACCUGAUCCGUAAUGACUACUGGCCGGCCACUUCUCACUAUUCAACUGUGUAUGAAACAGAUGUCCUUUUUUCUUUUGAAGAGCUGAAGAUGGCAGCACCAGGGAUAUCUAGCCAAGCAUUUCGUAGAAUGCUGGAUCAACGCACUGUUCGCUUUGGCCGUAAUGGAAACAUCACAGCAGACAGCUUCCGGAAAAGCUUCUUGGAGUGGGAAGCUGUCCGAUUCGAAGUGGACAAAUUAUGCCAGGAGGACCACUUUAACUGCCCAGCAUGCAGCCCAGACAUGCUUGCAGUAUCCGUUGAUGGAAACCGUAAGCACUACAGAUUCAAGAGUGC